GUAGUAAUAUCCGUAAGAAAAGAUAUGAAUCCCGUUAUUCCGGAUAUGAGUCAACUUGUUAGUUGUUAAGGUGUUAGUCGAAGCAUGUGCAGUAGUAGUGGAGUGACCGAACGUUUCGUAUAAUGGAUUUUUUUAUACAUUAGUUCAAAUCCGAAGAAAUGUCGAAGAGAGUAAAUAUGUAGUGUUAGGACCGAGUGCGGUAACGUUUUCGAAUUAGUGAGACUGUCGGGGUGGACGAUCCUCCUCGGGAAUCAAUCCUGUCGUUUUUUUCCGUUCCGUUCUGUUAAAUGGCGGCUGACGAAAAAUGGUACUUUACGAAGGAACAACUUGCAAAUACGCCAAGCAGAAAGCACGGGUACGAUGCGGACAGGGAAUUAUCUUCAAGGCAGCAGGCUGCGAACCUAAUACAAGACAUGGGGCAAAAACUUCAAGUUACUCAACUAUGUAUAAAUACAGCUAUUGUAUAUAUGCACCGCUUCUAUAUGUUCCAUUCGUUCACACGGUUCCACCGUAACUCAAUGGCAGCUGCAGCGUUAUUUCUCGCUGCCAAGGUCGAGGAACAGCCGAGGAAAUUGGAAUACGUUAUCAAAGUAGCUCAAAUUUGCCUCCACCGAGACCACCCGCCUGUUGAUAUACGAUCAGAAGCGUACCUUGAGCAAGCACAGGAGCUUGUCGUCAACGAGAAUAUCCUGCUGCAAACGCUGGGGUUCGAUGUCGCAAUCGACCACCCUCAUACGCAUGUCGUCCGAUGUUGUCAUCUUGUCAGAGCCAGUAAAGAGUUGGCCCAGACUUCGUACUUUAUGGCAUCUAACAGCCUUCAUCUGACGACGAUGUGCCUUCAGUAUAAACCUACAGAAGUCGCUUGUUUUUGUAUCCAUUUAGCGUGCAAAUGGUCAAACUGGGAGAUACCUCAAAGCACUGAAGGGAAACCGUGGUUUUGGUAUGUCGACAAAUCAGUGACUCAAGAGUUGCUGGAACAGUUGACGGACGAAUUUUUAGUCAUGUUUGAAAAGUGUCCGUCAAGGCUGAAGAAAAAGAUCAUGUCGCUCUCGUCGACCCAAAACUCGACUAUAUUAUCAGCCUUUGGGAAUGAUGGAGAUAAAAAACGAAAUGGUGAGGGAUCCAGUGGAUCUGCUAUUUCUUUUGGCAGUUCUGAUGACAUGAAGAAAAAACAAGAAUUUCAAAGGCACUAUCCAGACUUCAAAAAACAUCCUAAUAUGCCUCAUCAUUCAAGGCCUGACUCCCAUGGGAUGCAAUCAAAAUCGUCUUGUAUGUUUGGCCCUCCCCAGAGGACGCAACCACCAGUUCAUAGUGGCAGUAGUGGAGGAAGCACGAAUCAAAGUCGGUCUAUGCCGGUCAAGCCGAACGCUGGCCAAGAUCCAGCACUGGCGAAACGCGACCAUCUCCACCAUAAAAUGAGGAGGCCGGAAGAAAAACAUCCAACUAGAAACCAUGAACCGAUUCCACCUCCUUAUAAAAAAUAUGAUAAAGUGUCGAGUGGCAGUUUAAGUGAUUUCCCGCAGAAUAGUUUGAAUAACAAUGUGCGUGCUGUUGGAACUUCUAGUUAUAUGUUACCUCCUAGUCACCAACAACUGCAGCCACAGGCACAACCACAGCCGACUCAAGCUCAUCAUCCCCAACCACAACAGCCACAACCACCUCAAAUUUUACACCCGGUAAUGGAUGUAAAACCAGAAAUAACACCCCACACAAUCAAUAAACAUCAGAUACAUCCACAUGCUCCCAAUUCAGCUCCACCUAAGCCAAAAACACCCCCUGCACCUCCUCCACCCGUUAAAGUGGAAAGGUCCAUAUUCAGUCCCGAAAAGAGCACGCCUCCGAUGGAAACGAUGACCAGGAUAAAAGUUCCUUCACCGACUGUAUUGCCUUCUCUUACUCCAGGAAGUGAUACGUCCAGAAAAAGAAGUAUAUCCCGAGAAUCGGAACUCGCCAUAUAUUCAAAGACUGAGGAUGUUAAACCUACACCUCCUCCUCCUCCUGUUGUUCAAGUUCAAGAACAUAUCAAAACCGAAAACCUAAUCAAAGAAGAAAAACCCUUAGACAAUAAAACUUAUUCCCCUGUGGAAACAUCCCUUCCGGUGAUCGAACCUUUAAAUUCCACCCCUCCUCAGUCGACUUCUGCUCAAGAGGAAUCUCACAAAGAGCAGAAGAAAAAGAAAAAGAAACAUAAAGAGCACAAAGAACACAAAGACAGACAUAAAGACAAACACAAACACAAGCAUAAAAAUCGCGAUAGUGUGAAAGCCGACCCGAUAGUAAUAACGAUACCAAAAGAAAAAUUGACGUUACAUCAGCAACAGCCCGAACAAAUCCUUAAACUUAAAAUUCCAAAGGAUCGGAUCGCUGCUGCUUCAGUACCUUCACCGACUGGCCUUAAGAUUAAAAUACCAAAGGACAAGAUAAAGGAGUCUAACAAGAGGGAUCGAAGCGAAGACAGAAAUGCCGGUCCCCCUUCAAAAUAUCACAGGCCCAAUGGAACGACAUUGCAGGUUGGAAUGGACCACUCUGGACAUCACUAAUGGCAAAGUUAUUAAAACGGUUUCUCUUGUCGUUUCGGCUGAAGGAUUGACGGCAGGAUUAAAAAUACGCAGGGCUUUAAAAGCUUGAAUUGCGGCUCCGGCUUUGCCAAUAGUUUAACAAGACUGAUUCUUUUAUUUUAUUAUUUCUUUUAUAUACUUGAUGUAUGGUAAUACAAUCGCACAUAUAAUAACAGGCCAUAAUGUUUUACUAUUUAUGGUUAUACUUUGGCUCGGCCUCUUUACGUAUGUUCAUAGAAUUGUUGGUACAAUUUUUUUGAAAGCUUUUUGUGCAUCUCUUGUAAAUAUCAGAAAUAUGUAAUGUUGCACAAUAAGAUUUCUUAAAAGAGCAAAAAUAUAAAAAAAUGUAAAAAGGAAAUUAAAACGUAGUAAAUGUAAAAAACUUAUGGUUGUGAUUCAUUUUUCUUUAAAGUAAAGGUGAAGUUUCUGACCUGAAUCUCAUUCAAUUUAGUUGUACAAUAAAUCAUACAUUUACAAUAUGUAUUAAGCUCAUCUCUUGCCUUAAUAAACAUUUCUAUACAUUGUUUAUAAAAAUAAAAACUUAAAGAAACGCUAAGUUUCUUCAAAUUUACCUUGAUCAUGUAAAAUAUCAAAUUAGAAAUGAACUUUUAUAUAAAUGAAGCUUCUAACAGUUUUCUCAAUCCAUUAAAAGCUUCUUACAGCUUUCAGCAAUAAGAUAUUUUAUGACAACUGUUUAUUUUUAUUUCUGAGUUGUUAUAAAUUUACUACUUUGAGAAAGAUAUUUUAAAAUUAAUCGUAAAUAUAAAAAUUGUAUAGCUAAAAGUAACAUAUUCCUCUUCAGCCUGAGUAUUUAUUAACGACUGUGGGCAUUGUUACAUUAAUGUAAUUCGCCGAAGUUUAGUUGACUGAUUGUGCUUCAUUUCACAAGCGACGUUCUAACUAAAAACCUAAAAGGAAUUGACCUUAUUUGAAUUGUAGAUUUACUCCGAUUCCAAAAUGUAAAUUUUGUAAAUAAAAUUGUAUAUAAAUUAAAAUAUAAGUCUUGCGAUUAAGAAUAAAAUUUAUCAAGGAGUUCAUUUAUAAUUUGAAUAAGGAUUUGAUAAAUAUUAUUAUUAUUUUUUUUAAUUCGACGUCUUCUUUUUUGUGGACAGUGCAUCCACUGCAAGGACUUUUAUGGUUAUUGUUAAAAAUGUAACCAGUUAUUAAAAAUUAGGGGCUUUAGGAAAAAAAAAAAAUGGAAUUUAAAUUC